AUAGAAAUCUCGAGCUCAUGAUGGUUAAAUAGAGACACGGAAAACAAAUGUUUGCCAAAAGCUGUUUAAACUAUCUUUGCAUAAAGAUUACUUAAACGGAUUAAUGGUUGACAAGCGAUAUAGUCACGUCUGUCUCGAUUAGGGAUGAGACAAAUUCUGUUCCAUGAAGGAAUGAGCAUUUCCGAUUUCUGCUCUGUUCACAAUCCCAGACGACUGAUAUUCGCGUCACGUGAUCGUCUCGUUUGAUUUUAAUUUGUGUUAAUUGAGUGCCUGAAUGUGACUGGUUUAUUAAUGUGAUGCUUUUUACGACCGCGUACAUCUUAUAGAGCGCUAUUCAAAAUGUGGUUAAUGAUCUUUAUCACGUCUUUGGCCUCUUCUGCAACCGUUCUUUCUUCCUCACCGACGUUUCAAGAUGAUCCAAAGCUUCGCCUCUCUGUUCAUCCUGACUGGGAGGGGUCUGGACUCGUGGAAGUGUUCAUGCACGGCCAGUGGGGGAGGGUGUGUGACGACAAGUGGGAUUUUUACGAUGCUGAAGUAGUUUGUCAACAGCUCGGGUUUCCCGGUGCAGAACAGUCAACUUGCUGUGGUCGAUAUUUCGGCAAAGGUUCAGGGCCUCCUCUUAUGGCUUCUGUCAACUGUAAAGGAGAAGAAAGCUCACUUUUCAAUUGCAGUCACGUUGGGAAGGAUGGAGCAUCAUGCAACCAACACUCUACUGCUGGAGUCAUAUGCAAAUUGAAUAAACCCAAUGUUCGCCUGGUGGGAUCUCCUCUUGCGCAUGCGGGUAUUGUGCAAAUCCGCAAUUAUGGCCGCUGGGGGUCUUCCUGUGACCGGUACUGGGGACCAACGCAAGGUCACGUGGUGUGUCGAGAGUUGGGUUAUCGCAGAGCCCUUUUUACCAAUUUUAGAUCUGAUGGAUUGUUUGAGCGACAGUCUGCGCCGAUUUGGAUAAAGAAAGCAAAUUGUACAGGAAACGAGUCUUCCAUCUUUCAGUGCGAUUUAAAGUACAUGUGUAGCAGUGAUAAACGGUACGCUCAGUGUUUAUAUGUCUUCAAACACAAUGAUAGAGUGAUCUGUGAAUCCAACCACGAACCAGCACUGAACGAAACGGCUGCCGUCAGAUUAAAUGGCAGUAAACUUUCCCACAUGGGAAGGGUGGAGAUAAAACAGCACGGUUUCUGGCACAUUGUUUGCAGUAUUGGCUGGGACAAACACGACGCCGAUGUAGUUUGUCGUCAGCUGGGAUUCCCGGAAGCUGUGGUGGAGGUUGGACACGGUCAGUUUGGUUCUGGCUCUGGACUAAUGUGGCUGACCAGUGUCGGUUGCCAGGGAAACGAGACAUCGUUAGAUAAAUGUGUGAACGCAGGAUGGGAGCUCAAAAAAAGUUGCGGGAAGAGAUAUGGCGCCGGCGUGAUAUGCAAAAUGGACAACAUUACAGGCGACGGUGAGGUACGACUUCGUAGAUCUAACAAAGGAAACGCCGGCCGAGUAGAGAUUCAGCUAGGAGGGAUCUGGGGCACAGUAACCCUAGCCUCGAGGGACUGGGAUAUACGGGAUGGUCACGUGCUGUGUCGUCAGCUUGGAUACCGUAAGGCUGUGCGCGUGACUCGGUUGGACAAGGAUGCGGGUAUGCAGUUUAUGCUAAGCAACCCACACUGCAGAGGAGAUGAGAGGAAUAUUUUAGACUGCCCACGUAAGCUGGAGUAUGACAUUGGUGAACACACUGAUGACAUAGGGGUUGAGUGCACUAAUGAUACCAAUUACAAAAGUGGUUUGGAAGUUCGCUUGUUCGGAAUGAACACACCCAACGUAGGCCACUUGCAAGUCAAGUAUAACGGAACGUGGGGCGUGAUUUGCGCAGUGUACCAAGACUUAUCAUACCGGUCAGCGGAAGUGAUAUGUCGGCAGCUGCAACACGGACCUCCUUUGAAGGACAGCUUCCUAAGUAAAAAAUGUCCACACUCUACUCAAGGCGCAAAGAAAACCUGGUUAGCUCAGAUAAACUGUCAGGGGUUUGAAGCUUCUCUUGAUCAGUGUAAUCUCAAGGUCUUGGGUGGAGUUGACAACACAGACUGUGGAGCUUGCAAACUAUGCACUGUUUGUUUGAUUUGUCAGCCACUACACGCCAAUAUCACAGGUCAUACAGCAACCGUUGUAAACAUCCUCAGGGCCUCCCCCACGGUAACAUUUAAAAUUCCACGCGCCAGUUCAGAGACAGGGUCAUCAACUACAGGGACGCUUGACACUACGAAGCUGUUACCUACUCGGACGUUCACCACUCAAGGACCCUUGUUUACCUCAGCCACAAGCACAGGGGGCCCUCUAGAUAAGUGCCCCAACAUAAGGUGCCAGAAUGGUGGUUCUUGUGAGCGGGUGAAAACAACGUGGAAAUGUUACUGUUUGGAAGCGUUUGCUGGAGAAUAUUGUGAGGUUUACGUUGGUUGGUAAACAUUUAUGUCUGUUCAUUGUUGCAUGCGUAUCAAUCGACACUUAAAUACAGGUAUUCAUUCAUUCAGUACGUCCAUACGUCCUUCCGUCCACUCGUCAAUCCGUCCAUCCGUCCACUGGUCCGUCCG